AAAAGAAAAUAAAAAAGUAGUAAAAGUAGGACAAAAAAAGGGAAAGUAUAGUGGAGGGAUCCUCUCGGGAACCGGGACCGUGAUUGGUCUCGUUGAGGCCGAGAGUGAGAGGAUGAUGAUGCGAAGAAUCUCCGAGAGAGCUGCUACUGGUUUCUCUAAGAACUUGAUCCUCAGAUCCUCUGCGUCGCGGUUUCACGGCGAGUCUCUCGAUUCCUCCGUCUCACCCGUUCUCAUUCCCGGCGUCCAUGUCUUCCACUGCCAGGACGCAGUUGGAAUCGUAGCGAAGCUAUCAGAUUGCAUUGCAGCUAAAGGCGGAAACAUUCUCGGGUACGAUGUCUUUGUUCCUGAGAACAACAACGUCUUCUACUCUCGCAGUGAGUUUAUAUUUGAUCCGGUGAAAUGGCCGAGACAGCAGAUGUGUGAAGAUUUUCAAGCUAUUGCGCAAAGAUACGGUGCCAUGAACUCUGUUGUUCGUGUGCCUUCUAUAGAUCCCAAGUAUAAGAUUGCUCUUCUACUCUCAAAACAGGAUCAUUGUCUGGUCGAAAUGUUGCAUAGAUGGCAAGACGGAAAACUCCCUGUUGAUAUCACCUGUGUGAUUAGCAAUCAUGAGAGAGCUUCAAACACUCAUGUUAUGCGGUUUCUUGAGAGGCAUGGCAUUCCGUAUCAUUAUGUAGCCAAAACUAAAGAUAAUAAACGAGAAGAUGAGAUUCUGGAAUUGGUUAAAGACACUGACUUCUUAGUUCUCGCUAGAUACAUGCAGAUUCUGUCGGGUAACUUCUUGAAAGGUUAUGGAAAGGAUGUAAUCAACAUCCACCAUGGUCUCUUGCCAUCAUUCAAGGGCGGAUAUCCAGCCAAACAGGCCUUUGAUGCAGGUGUGAAGCUGAUUGGAGCAACAAGUCACUUUGUUACUGAGGAACUUGAUGCAGGGCCUAUCAUUGAACAAAUGGUUGAGAGUGUUUCCCACCGGGACAAUCUAAGGAGCUUUGUCCAGAAAUCUGAGGACCUCGAGAAAAAAUGCCUCACAAAAGCUAUAAAGUCAUACUGUGAACUACGGGUGUUACCUUAUGGAACAAACAAGACUGUUGUAUUCUAAUACUAUUUGUUGUAUGAACUACUGGAAAGAAGGUUAUAACAAUUCUCUUGAAGAUU